CCCCUUGCGUGCCCCGAGCCAUGCUAGGAGGCUUUGCCCCCUUGGAUCAAUCUAACAAGCACUUGCAUCAAAGGGCCGAGAUCCCUUUGCCUCCGGCCAACCUCAGGUCUUUGUUCUCGUUGUCUGGCCAUCCGUGAAUAUCCCUCCCUCAACCGAACAUUCAUGCUUUCGGAAAUCUGGCCGCCGUCCUCUUUUACCCUGGGGCCAGCAGGGGCCAAAGAAAAAAAAACAACAAAAGUCCACUAAUCCGGGGCAGAAUGAUUCAUAGCCUUCCGUUAACUGCUUAGUCGACAAGUCAAGGCUCUGCAGAGCGGUGGUACGCAUUACUCACAGUUAUUGCUCCGGCCUGCCAAUGUCACUCGUCCAUCGGAAACUGAAAAGCAGUGACACAGAAUCUUCCUGCCCUUCUCCUCCCUUUCCCAUGUUUCUAUUACCCCCAUGUUUCAUAAUAUUUUCCUAACUGGUCCUCUUUGAACACCUUUGUUUGUUUCCCUGCAUCUUUCCCUUGGAUUGCUGGUGGAGUUCGCUUGGACACUUUGCGUUCUUUGGUCAUCUGGUAAAAUCUAGAGGAAUUCUUAAGAGGGAGCACGGUGGAAAAUAAGCCAUCAUGUUGCCUUCUGACUUUCCAGACCGUGGCCCGUGCCCAGACCACAAAAUUACUACUACUACUACUCCCCAGAAACACGAAAGGCCUGAGGAACUGCUGUUAUUCAAAGCACAUUAUCACCAUCUCAUCGAACCGCCCGAAGAAAUGACCGCUUCCAGAAAGUUCUCCUACGCGUCAGUCAAGGAAGAAACAGAUGAUGGCCUCCCACAGUCAUUUGGGUCGUCCCUGUCAUCUCAGGAUCUAGAGGAGGUGGAGUGGAUUGCAUGGCCCUGCAGUCAGUGGUGUAAGACCAAGGGGUUGUGCUCGUAUCAUUUCAGUGGCUCCCACGAGGAUCAUGUCAGAACCAGGCUGGAAGGAUAUGCUCGCAGCAAUCCACGAAAGCUGGAAAAGAUCCUCGAUGAGCUGGAGAAGCGGAGAGCGGCGCAGAAGUUGUUCAACCUCCCCUUCGCCAAAGAGAUUACUCGCGUCCACCCGCGUCCGGCCGAUUUCAGUCUCGAGGUAUGGCGAGAGAAAGUCAGAGAUUCCAUUCGCCUGACCGACGAGUUCGAUCGCACAGGAGCAGACACGGCAAUUGUCGACGACUCGGACGAGACUCUGUCGCAGGAUUCGAGCUUUUCACGCAACGAGGGCGUUCCGUUUCUGGAGGCUAUGCCGGAGGAAAUUCUGGAGCUCAUCCUCUCUUAUGUGACGGUUGAUCACACGGCAGAUCCCUAUGCUCGCCCUCAUGUCGAUCUGGCGAGUUGUUCACUCGUGUCCAAGACCAUCCAGGCGGCUGCCGUGCGGGUCUUGUACCGACACGUCUCGAUCCCACAGUCGAGGGCCUUCGCCAAAUUGAUGCGAAGUCUCAAGACCACCCCCCAGCUCGGAGAAUUGGUGCAGUGGCUGGACUUUUCCCAUUACUCCAACAUGGGCUUUGGCAGCGCACGCAGCACUCGCAACCAGACUCCCUUCCUGAAGCCCGAGACGCUCAACGCAUGCCUGGAUGUCAUGCCGAACUUGCGGGCCUUCUUGGUCCACGAGCAUGUCGAUGAGGAACUCGACAUCAACAUCAUCUCCAAGGUGUUCAACAUGCCCCUGAUGCAGGCGCUGGACUUCUGCGCCUGCUCUUCUCGGCCCUUUGCCGAGGCCUUCACCGCCGUCACGACGCAACUUUCCACUCCACUCCAAAGCCUGCAACGCCUGUCGCUACACGAAUGCACCACGCUGCAAGAGCCCGUUUUCGAAUCGCUCCUCCCGCUGCUGACGAACCUGACGCAUCUGGACGUCGCGCAUACCCUCAUCAACGACAAGGCACUGCUGUCCAUCCCGCCGACCGCCAGAAUCACGCACUUGAACAUCGAACGCUGCACGCGUCUGACAGGUUCGGGCGUGGUCAAAUUCCUCACCACCCAUCCCGCCGUCAGGGGCAACGUCGUCUACCUGAACCUCGCGGCCGACGCGUCGCGGCACAGACUGCUCGCCGAAGACGAGGUCACCAGACUGCUGGAAUCUUUGCCCUCGAGUCUCCGAUCCCUCAAUUUGGGUGGGGCAAAGGUCAAUUCCACGCACAUUCCGGUGCUCCGGAGUCUCGCCACGCAUCUCGAGGAACUCGGUCUGCGUGGCGCGGACCUCAGCCUCGGCAGCGAUAUCAUGCGCCUCUUCAAAUCUUCACCCUCCGCUCCCUCCGAAGCGGAGGAUCACGUCACGCACAACGAUUCUGUCGCCACCGCAAACGAUGACUCAUCGCCCACUUCGGCGCCGUCUCCCCAGCACAGCACACUGCGCUACCUCGACCUCACGUCGGUCCGCUCCGUCACACAACUUUCUCUGUCCUACUCGCCGUCCUCGCUCACGGACAGAGACACCCUGCCGCUCGAGGUCAUCGAACUCGGCGGCGACGUGCUGCAGGAGAUCAAGCGACGCACCGCGCACGCGAGGAACCGCGGGAAACUGGAGUGGGUUGUCAAGGAGCUCGGCCGCCGAGGGUGGUACGUGCGCCAGCCUCUGCCCGGGACGGGCGUCGACAACGGCGCGCGGGCGUGGAAGAUGGGUGCGCGCUGGUGGGGGAUGAGGAAGAUCCCGAUGGUCGAGCAAGAUGUCGGUGGCAUGUACGGGUAUUUCAUGUUCAAGAGGUCGUGACGGGCGAAAUCGACCACCCUCAACUCUUGAUCUUGAUUGCCUUUUCUCUUUUUGCUUUUCAGGGUUUCCAUAGCGUCUUUGGCAUUUCUCGAUGGCGUUUGCUUGGUUUUGGGUUUUGGGUUUUGUUGGGUGUUCGGUUCAUAUGGCAUGGUGCAUGGUGUAUGGUGCAUGGGUCGUGGUCAUACGAGGCGUUGGACCUUGGUUUUUACCACGAGACACGACAUGGCAUGGCAUGACAUGACUACGAUGCGAAAUGAAAUGAUUGCGCGCGAUGUGCACAACACAGCACAGCACAGCACAACACACAAAUACGGCAAAACUUGAGCGAUGGAGUCUGGGUUGUUGCCGGCAAUAUGUCCUAGGAUGCGAUUACGAUUAUAUACUCCUCUACUAUACUAUACUGUCACGGUCACGGUCAUGGUCAUGGUCAUGGUCACGGGUUUACUCACGCAGGCGGUCCUAGUUCCAAGGGAGCGAGCGUAUCGGGCUUGGGGGCGGCAUAGUGUAAUAUUAUAUAGUGGAAAUCGGAAACAUGGAAAUAAGGAGAGAUUAGCAAUAUACAUUGGAUUCCUCUGGUCGA